AUGUCGGAAAUAGAAACUUUAAUAAAAAAACGUGGCAUUGUCAAAGGCAAGCUAACUAAUUUUUCAAAAUUCAUUAGUAAAUCGAAAUUAGAUGAUAGGGAUAGUCUCGAUCAGACGUGGGUUUUUGAGUUGGAACAACGGUACGAUCGUGCUCUUAAUUUAAUUAGUGAUUUUGAAAGUAUUCAGGAGAAGAUUGAUUUAGUAAGCGCCGAUGGGGAGGUGCAAGCGUUAGAACGAGAGAAUUUUGAGACAGCUUUUUACGCAAGCACUGCGGAAGCCAAACGUAUACUUACAAAUAGCAAAAAUUCCCGCAAUUCUUCCCUCAUUGUUAGUCCUGCUCCGGAGCAAUGCGUAAAGUUACCGGUAAUUGAUUUACCUAAAUUUAAUGGAAAUAGCGAAUCAUGGCUGGAAUUUCACGAUAUUUUCGAGUCAUUGAUUCAUAAUAAUCACACCGUAAAUGACGUUCAAAAAUUCCAUUAUUUGUUAUCAGCCUUAACGGGUGAAGCUCGACAAGUAAUUGCGUGUUUAGAAAUUACCAAUACAAACUACGAAGUUGCGUGGGAUUUAGUUUGCAGUCGAUAUAACAACCCUCGUAUAUUAGUGCAAAAUCACAUUAAGGCACUUUUUAAUAUUGAAAGAAUUACUUCCGUCAACUCGAAUGUAAUACGCACUUUAAUUGAUAACAUUCGCAAACAUUUACGUGCAUUAAACACAUUAAAGGAACCCACCGAUAAGUGGGACACAUUAAUUAUAUAUUUAGUUUCCACUAAAUUGGAUUUUGAAUCAAACCGUGAAUGGGAGCAUCAAAAAAAACAGAUUGAUAAACCCACAUUAGAUCACUUAUUGGAUUGCUUAAAAGGUAGAGCUGAUUUAUUAGAAUCAGUUGGAGAUAAAGCGCCGUCUAAAUCGUUAGUUAAACCUCAAUCAGCUACUAGAGCUAGAUCAUUUGUAGUUUCAAAGCAGAUAGAUGCAAUAAAAUGUGUUUUGUGCAAGGCCGAACAUAAUCUUCAACAUUGCCCUGAAUUUCUUCAACUUAACAUACAAAAACGUAUAGAGCAAGUAAAAAAAUUGAAACUUUGUAUUAAUUGCCUUCGAUCGGGUCACUUUAUUAAUCAAUGUAGGUCGGGUCUAUGUAAACAAUGUAAAUCUAAACACCACACCCUUCUGCAUAUCACACAUAAUCGUUCAGAUUUGCAACAAUCACCAACAACACAAUUACAAACUCUCACAUCUAGUUCAUUAACAACUGUACAAACUUUAUUAUCAACUGUCACUUUACAUGCAUUUGAUCGGCGAAAUAAAAAACACACAUUCCGUGCAUUAUUAGAUCCAGGUAGUCAAAGCAGCUUCAUAACGACAGAUCUUCGCGAAAGGUUGCAUCUCCCUGAAACAAAAACAAAUAUCAGCGUUACGGGAAUAACUCAAUCUAAAUCUACAAUUUCUAGUUCAUGUUUGCUAAAAAUAUAUUCGCAUUGUACUAUUUUUUCACUUCAAGUUACGUGUCUUGUCCUUCCAGUAAUUACUAGUAAUUUGCCUCAGUUCGCUAUCGAUGUUAAUUCGUUAAAGAUUCCUGCUCACCUACGCUUAGCUGAUCCUGAGUUUCAUAACCCAAAUAGUAUUGAUAUAUUACUAGGCGCAGAUUACUUUUGGGAAUUGUUGUGCAUAGGUCAAAUCAAAUUAGAUGGUGGACCGGUCAUACAAAAUACAAGGUUCGGGUGGAUAGUUUCGGGUCCGGUUCAAACAAGCGCUGUGCCUUCUAUCCAGUGCAAUUUAGUUCAAAGCGCACAGUCAUCAAAACUUCACGAACAACUCACGCGUUUUUGGGAAGUAGAGUCGGUGAACGUACCCAUUUCGCUAUCGAAAUGUGACGCUUUCUGUGAGAAACAUUUUCAAGAAACGACCUCGCGAACGGAUGACGGCCGAUUCAUAGUUACAAUUCCAAUCAAUGGAGAACUUAAUCAAUUGGGCGUGUCGUACCACAAUGCCAAAACACGCUUACUAAGUAUGGAGCGUAAAUUCAAGCGAUUACCAGAAUUCGGUAAUAAAUAUCGCGAAUUCAUGCGAGAAUACUCCGAAUUAGGACAUAUGCGUAGGAUAGUAUCACCGCAGGAAUCAGAUAAAAAUAAUUACUAUAUACCCCACCAUGGUGUUAUAAACGAAAAAAGCGCAACCACAAAGUUACGAGUAGUGUUUGACGCGUCGUGCCCUACAUCCACCGGUUAUUCUUUUAAUGAUCUGCAGGUUGUGGGUCCUACUAUCCAACCAGAUCUAUUUAGCGCUCUAGUCCGGUACAGACAAUAUAGCAUAGUUGUAGUAUCAGAUAUUCAAAAAAUGUAUCGUGCAUGCCUCGUUAACACGGAACAAUUAAGGUUCCAGCGUAUUCUAUGGCGCGAUUCCGAGAAUCUUCCAAUAGAGGUUUACGAGUUAACCACUAUUACCUACGGUACAGCAUCAGCAAGUUACCUAGCGACUCGCUGUUUAAAGCAGUUAGGUUUAGAAAGCUCCGAUCCAGUGAUUGCUAACGUUAUUAAGAAUCAUUUUUACGUAGACGACCUUCUUACGGGAGCGGAUUCAGUUGAGGAACUUACGCGUAUUAUUGACGGAGUAUCACUAACUUUGAAUGCGGGCGGUUUCAAGCUACAUAAAUGGGUUUCUAACAAUCCCGCAAUAUUACGUUGUGUAUCAGAUAGUAGAGCCGAAGAUAUAAUAGACAUGGGACGUAGAGAAAAUACGCGUACGCUAGGUCUGAUGUGGGAUCCUCAGAAAGAUGUCUUUAAAUUUAACAUUAGCAAAAACACAACUAUGGCACGGGUUACCAAACGAUCUAUUCUUUCUGAGAUAGCCCAAAUCUUCGAUCCGUUAAGGUUAUUGAGUCCUGUUAUCAUAAAGGCCAAAAUUAUCCUUCAAAAUAUUUGGCAGGAGGGAUUGGAUUGGGAUGCUGCACUUCCAAAUAAAAUUUACACACGUUGGUGUGAAUUUCGUGACAUGUUAGUUCUAUUAAAUUCCAUUGAAAUUCCACGUCAUAUUUCGUUAAAAAAUGCGAAUGAAUUUGAACUACAUGGAUUUUCAGACGCAUCAAUUAAAGCAUACGGAGCUUGUGUUUACUUACGAGCUACUACUUAUUAUAAUAAUUGUUCGGUUCAAUUAGUAUGCACAAAAUCCAGAGUGGCUCCAAUAAAACCUACUACAGUUCCGCGAUUAGAACUGCUUGGUGCAGUGUUACUUACCGAUCUUGUUAAUAAAGUUAGAACAGCUUUAAAUCUUGAAAUAAAAAGAGUAGUGUACUGGACGGACUCUAGUGUUCUGAUAGGAUGGCUACGAACUGAUCCUAGUAAAUUACAUACAUUCGUGGGAAAUCGUAUUGCGCGAAUUCUUGACUUAUCGAGAACAUCUGAUUGGCGGUACGUUUCAACCGAACACAACCCCGCGGACCCUGUUUCACGCGGCAUAGACUCGGGAGCCCUCGCGGAUUUAACAAUAUAUUGGUGUGGUCCUGUAUGGUUAAAGCAAGAUGAGUCGUUAUGGCCACUUAGAACGUUUCGUUCUGAAAGUUUACCGGAAAUAAAGGUUAACGUUCUAAAAGCUACUAUAAUUGAAGAAUGCGUUAUUCCGUUCACGCGUUUUUCGACCCUACUUCGGCUACAACGUGUAAUAGCAUAUUGUCUGCGGUUCAUUAAUAAUUGUUCAAAUAAAUCUGAUAAACGAACGGGUUGUUUAAAAUGUUCGGAGUUGAAUGAAGCGCAAAUUUACCUAAUCAAAUGUAGUCAACGAGACUCAUUUCAGGAUGAAAUCAAUCAUUUAAGUAGUGAGGGCAGUUUGCCGCAGAAAAACGAACUAACUAAAUUAAGCGUAUUUCUUGAUCACACUGGUAUUAUGCGCGUAGGCGGUCGAUUACGCAAUUCGUCUUAUAACGUUGAUAAAAAGCACGCGAUGCUACUUCAUAGUAAACACGUGUUAACGCGGUUGAUCUUCGAACACGAACACGUACAACUUCUUCAUGCAGGUCCGCAACAUUUGCUAGCUUCAAUAAGGGAUCGGUAUUGGCCGAUUGGGGGCAGAAAUCUUGCCAAAAGGGUACUCUUUAAUUGCAUGCAUUGUUUUCGAGUCAAACCGCGAGUGUCGCAGCCUAUUAUGGGCGAUUUGCCAUCGCAACGUGUUACUCCAGCACCUCCGUUUAGUACCACUGGCGUCGAUUACGCUAGCCCGUUCCUUUUGAAAGAUCGGAAAGGCCGCGGUUCUAAAACUUCAAAAUGCUAUAUUUGUCUAUUUGUAUGGUUUAUAACACGUGCUGUACACCUUGAAUUGGUGUCGGAUUUGACUGCUGAAUGUUUUAUUGCAGCACUGCGGCGCUUUGUUAGUCGUCGUGGAAAGCCGUCUCAAGUUUUUUCAGAUAACGGUACCAAUUUCGUAGGCGCGAAUCGCGAACACAACGAGUUAGGAACGUUCCUCCAGGGUUGUUCCAAUCAAUUAACCGGUAUGAUUGAGAAUGAGUCGAUUAAUUGGUCAUUCAUUCCCCCUAAUUCGCCUCAUUUCGGCGGUUUAUGGGAGGCAGGCGUUAAAGCAACAAAAUAUCAUUUAAAGCGCGUCGUUGGCAAUCAAUCCUGA